GCCGGGCACCGCCGCCCGGGGACUCUGCGCCUGCCGGGACCGUGAAGGCAGAGCUCGUUCUCUCUGCCCCGGGCUGCUGUGGCGGCAGCUGUGGGUGUUGGUGAUGUUCCCGGCUUCCCAGGCCCUAUGGACCGGGAAGGUCUGACCCGGGAGGCGUCUGAGCUACGUUCUGGUGUCCCCCCAGUGUAACCUUGCUAAACCAGGCUGAGGUGUGCGAGGGGAAAGGAUCACCAUGGCAGGGAAACGAACGUGUUCUUCCUGAACCCUUGUGUCUCAUCAGUUCUCAAAUACCCAAAAGCAGGUGUGCCAUGUUAAAUACAAGUGUAAGAAACCCCUUACUGUGUCCCCUGGAACAGUGACAUGCUGUACCCAUAGUGAAGUGCGUGGUAGUCCUGGAUCCCCUCAAGCAUGUGGAACCAGCAGGUGUUGUGCUCCUCAGACGCUGUGCAGUGCAAGCCAUCUCUCCCAGGAAUGGUGAUGCUCUUCCCAGUCUCCCUGCUGGCAUGACCUGUGCUGCCCAGGGCUGGCCUGAAUGCUUUGGAAGCUCGUGGGAUGCACGUGCAGCUUCUUACUAGGGUGUGUGAGGGUUCGUGGUCGCAUACCAUGGAGUGUAUGUUCCACAUCACACUGCUGGCUCUGCCAGCACCUUUAGCUUUGUACCUACCUACAGCUGAUGUAGGGCAUGUAACUGCGAUGCUUGCACAUGUAGCCCAGCAGCUGUAGCUGUGGGGUGAUGGGUGUGUAUAUGUGUUAAUUAUUUCCUAGUUUGUUUCCUUGUUUGUUAAUAAUUUCCUAGUUUGUUGAAUUUGAAAUUAAUGGAAGGUGUUUCAGUACCCCUAAGCAGUUUUUGUUGUCCAUUUGCUUUAUUGUCAUCACCAGAAGAGCUUGUCUCUCACAGUUGCAGAAUAACUGGAAUGUGAUGUACUGGAGUGUGUCCAGCAAAGGGCUGAUGAUUAAGAGGCUACAGCAUCUGUUAUACAAAGAGAGGCCAUGAGUGCUGGGACUGGUCACUCUGGAGAAGACUCCAGGGGAUUUUGUGAGUGGGUGAAAAUACCUAGUGGAGGGAAUAAAGGAGACAGAGCCAGGCUCUUCUCAGUGGUGCCCCAUGGUGAGACCAGGGGCAUUGGUAACACACUGAAGUAUGAGGUUGCAUUUACGUAUGAGAAAACACUUGUUUUUUCUGAAAGUGCUCAGAUGCUGGCACAGGUUGCUCACAGAGGCUGUGUAGUCUCCAUCCUUGGAGAUAGUGAAGCCUCAUCUGGUUGACCCUGCUGGUGCAAGGGUUGGCCCAUGCCCACCAGCUUCACCUCUUUUAUGUGUUUGGAUCGUGUUGUCUGAACAGAACUAAGCAUGUACAUAUUAUAAACUGGGUGCCUUUAUCAUUAUGGUGAAUGUUGACUGUUUUAUGCAUCAUCAUAGCAUUAAGAAAAAGAUCUGGGGUGCAGAUUGAAGGUAAUGUUGACCUGUGACUUCUACCUUCUCCUGUCUCUCACACUCCUGCCAGUGCCCCUGGAUCCAGGAAGGCAAAGCAGGGAAUGCAUCAUGCUCCUUCAGAACAAAGUGGUGACUGUUCAGAAGCCUCAGCAGUGAUCAGAGUGUGCCACACACCUUGAAACUGAGUUAGAGAAGAUGGGAUUGUUUUGUAGCCACUGCCUGCCUGCCAAUUUAGAGCCUGUGAAAGGCUCCUUUCACAGAGCCUGCCUGUGAAACUCCUCUGAACCCAUGAAGUUGAUAAGGGAGGUGGAUAUAGGUUGAGGAGGAAGUUCCGGUAUGGUGUAGCCUCUGUGACUGACCUUUCCUUUUUUAAAAUUAAAAAACUCCAAACAACCAAAACCAUCUAUUUAACAAGAUACUGGUACUAUUUUUAAAACUGCAGUCCAGACAGCCUCACCUGAAUCCUUGGAAAGAUGAUGGGAUGGCUCAUCCUGCAGUCCAUCUACGCAUGUGAAGACAGGACAGUCAUCAGGAGUAGCCACCAUGGAUUCACCAAAGGGGACUUGUGCUUAACCAAUCUGAUUACCUUCUGUGAUGGGACAAUUGGCUGAAUAGACAAGGGAGAGCGUGGAUUUUGUCUACAUGGGCAUUAGCCAGGCUUUUGCCAAUGUCUCCCAUGGUACCCUCAUAGUCAAGCUCAGAAAGUGUGAGCUGGAUGUGUGGAUGGUGAGGUGGAUUGAGCACUGGUCUAGUUUCAGGGCUGUCACUGGUUGUGUCCCCCAGGGUUCAAUGCUGGGCCCAGUAUUCUUUAACUUAUCCAUCAGUAACUCGGAUGAAAAGGGCAAAAGCCUCCUCAGCAAGUUCACUGGUGGCACAAAGCUGGGAGGAGCAGCCGAUACCCCAGAGGGCUGGGCAGCCUUUCAGAAGGACCUGGGCAGGCUGGAGAGAUGGGCAGAGGAAUAGUCUGAAAUUCAGCAAAGACAGAUGCAGGUCUGGGGAGGAAUAACCCUGGGACCAAUACAGGAUGGGGGUGACCUGUUGGGAAGCAGCUCUGUGGAGAAGGAUCUGGGGGUCCUGCAGGACAACAAGCUGCCCAUGAGCCAGCAGUGGCUGGGAUAAUAGGGAAGACUUUUGCAGUGUUUCCAUUUGCAAGGAUGUCAGCUGGUACAAAACCAGAUGGAGUUGGCUGGAUGCCAGGCCCUGAGCAGGUGUGUGCUAAGACAAGAUGCUGAACCUGCCAACCCCAAAUUCUCCCAAUUCCAGUGAGUUACUGUAAUCAUCUAUGUCCUGGGAAGUAAAAAAAGUCUUCAACUCUCAUGGCCAUCAGCAGAGAGUCUGCAAGAUGAUGCAAUCUGUAUCAUGUAAUUGGAUAAUAUUUUAAAAUAGAAUAAAGGGGUAGAAUUGUAAUUGUAACAUGUUUCAGUGAUGUAUUCACUGGGGGUAUCUGGGGUAUCUAUGCCAGCUAUGCAAUGUGCACAUAUGUUUGGGUUUUGUUUGUUUUUUAAAAUCUGAAUGGCAUUAUUUGUUUGAGAAUAUUUUCCAAAUUGAAGUAAAGGAAUGCUUUUUAUUAUGAGUAGUUAAAAUCAGACUGGGUAGGGAAAGGACUUACAGAUACCUGUGGAAGGUAGAAAUAAUAGUGUUCAAAACCUUCAGCUCCCCUUCUCUGCUGUAUUAUAUGGGACACCUUGUACACUGCCUGUGGUUAGUUAUCCUCUACAGCAGUGUCAGUGUCAUGGCUUUCUUAAGGCAGUCCAUCCAGGUCCUAAUGGCUGGAGGUGCCUGGGCAGUGAGCGUGGUGGAGCUGUGCUGGUGGCAGCUGUGCUGGUGUCUCCCCGCGUGUGGGACCGCAGUGGGUGAUGUCUCCAGGGCAGACUUCCCCCCAGUGCUGCAGAAGGCUUUGUCUGUGGCACACAGGCAUUUCCUGGUGCCGGCAGGGCUGGGAGGGGGCUGGGGGCUGGUGAGAGCUGUGCUGGGCAGAGCGGGUGGGUGGGCAGCGCUGCCGGGAGCGCUGAUGGAGGGCGAGGGCACAUGUACCCCAGGGGACCAGAGCUCAUCAAGUGCUGCUGAAAAUGGCUCCGACCUUGAUGAAGAGCCUCUACUCAGAAAAAAUCACCGCCGGUUCGUCAUCUUCCCGAUCCAAUAUCCAGACAUAUGGAAGAUGUAUAAGCAGGCUCAGGCCUCCUUUUGGACAGCAGAAGAGGUUGAUUUGUCAAAGGACCUUCCUCAUUGGAACAAGCUGAAAGCAGAUGAAAAAUACUUUAUCUCUCAUGUUCUGGCAUUUUUUGCAGCCAGUGAUGGAAUUGUAAAUGAAAACCUGGUGGCACGUUUUAGUCAGGAGGUGCAGAUCCCAGAAGCUCGCUGUUUCUAUGGCUUUCAGAUUCUCAUUGAGAAUGUUCACUCAGAGAUGUACAGCUUGCUCAUAGACACCUACAUCAAAGAUCCCAAGAAAAGGGAUUUCUUAUUUAAUGCUAUUGAAACAAUGCCUUGUGUUAAGAAGAAAGCAGACUGGGCUCUGAAGUGGAUUGAAGACAGAGAAUCCACUUUUGGUGAGAGAGUGGUUGCCUUUGCUGCAGUGGAAGGCAUCUUCUUUUCGGGUUCCUUUGCUGCUAUAUUUUGGCUGAAGAAGAGGGGCCUAAUGCCUGGAUUGACUUUCUCCAAUGAACUUAUUAGCAGAGAUGAGGGUCUGCACUGUGAUUUUGCUUGUCUAAUGUUCCAUUAUUUAGUGAACAGACCGUCAGAAGAGCGAGUCUGUGAGAUCAUCGUUAAUGCUGUAGAAAUUGAGCAGGAGUUUCUAACUGAGGCAUUACCUGUAGGUCUGAUUGGAAUGAAUUGCACCUUGAUGAAACAAUACAUUGAAUUUGUUGCAGACCGGUUACUAAUGGAGCUUGGGUUCUCAAAGGUCUUUAAUGUAGAAAAUCCUUUUGAUUUCAUGGAGAAUAUUUCUCUGGAAGGAAAAACAAAUUUCUUUGAGAAGCGGGUUUCGGAAUAUCAACGUUUUGCUGUUAUGGCAGAAACAAUGGACAAUGUCUUCACUCUGGAUGCAGAUUUUUGACAAAUUGACAAAUGAAUGGUGACUGUUUCCCUCUCCUCAUCUCUCUUUAUGCUGUGAAGUUGACUUAAUUUCCUCUCAUGAAAUCAGAGGUGUACUGGGAUAUUUUUCCUGAGUUUUCAUGUUGUUUGUCAGAGGAGUAAAUAUAUUUCUCUCUGUGUCAUUUGAAAAAAAAGGGGGAUAAUUUGUAAAAACUUUAUAUGGCUUUGUAAAAUUAUGGCCUUUUUAAGAUUCCCUUGAUUCAUCUGCUGUCAAUGCUGUCUUUAAAAAUGACAUGGAAUGGAUGCUACUACUUUUUUAAGACUUUGGUAGUGUUUUAAGAAAGCAAACUGCAUAUUUACCUCAUGUUAUGGUAUUUUAAUCUGAAAACCAGCUGAGGUAUCACUCCAUGUAAAAAUGUUGCUAUAAAUUAUUCUCCUGUUUUCUGUUUUCAUGUUUAUAGAUUUGAUAUAGAGUAAAAACUCUUCUGUUUCAUCCUGUUGCAGAUACAGUAAUAAUUGAAUAUGAGAAGACCUUAAUGAGGUCUGAACUAUAGAAUAUUAUUAAACCUGGGAAUUACGUGUAAUCUCCCCAUUAACCUGGAUUCUGUCUCAAAAAAAUUUUACUCAGGAAAACUGAUGGGUCUUGGUAGGCACUUAAUUCAAAUACAUGUGAUUAAUACAUGUGAUUCCUGUCUUACAGCUGUUACUGUAUAGGUCAGUGGGCUUUGAAUGGUCCUUGAAAAGGCACACAUGUUAACAGUGGAGAAAAAACACAUGCCUAGUUCUUAGGCUUGUGCUGCCUGUUUUUCUGUGCUUCAAUGAUCAAGUGCCUUAUUAAGCAAUCUGUAGUUAUAUUUGUAAUCAUCUGACAGUGAAACAGCCAGCUCUGGGUGUUGUCCAUCUCUCCUUGUUGUGCUGGGUGAUUUGGUAUUCUCCCCUUCUUGGUUGCACUUGUGCAUUGAAGGGGUGAGAAGACACCACAAGGGAUUAUUCCUUGAGGUGCUACAAACAGACUACUUGGGCUGUAAGGAAGCACCCAGUUAUGUAUGAAGGUACAUCGGGUUUGAUGUGAAUCAUUGGAACCGUUGUCACAGAAGAGCUUCUGAAAGAAGGUAUUAAGCAUUUCAAAACCAAACCAGAAGUAGUAUGGAGUAGCAGCAUCUUACAAAGGCCUGUUGUUUGGUUUUUGAUUGUGUGCCUGAAAACGGUUUGUAAUUUUUUGGUACCACACGGAGAGAAUGGAGUAAUUGAAGAGUGGCUAAUGCGCUGUAGUGCUACUUGGGCUGGAAGGGAUGUUAUUCAGCUGUAUCUGGCUUAUCUGCAAAUUAAUAGGCUGUUCUUUUCCAAGAUUAAGUGAAUAUUCAAGAGCUAGACAAAGGGUUCUGCUUUAUUAAACCCAAGAAUUUUUCAUAAUAUUCAGCAUUUGUGGAAGAGCUUUUGUAAAUCUUACUGUUGCAAAUACCUUGUGCUGCGCUUGAUACACCUGGCCUGAGCCAAACUGACAGCCCAGGGUUAUCAGUGAUGGGGUAGCACAAGUAUUAUUUCCCUGCCAGCCCAGAUCAGCCCUAGUCCUGGGUACCUGAGUUCCAUGAAACAGGUCCAUGCCUUGUUCCUAGUGAACAACUGUCCCUGCUGUAAAAAUAAGCAGCAAAAUUUACUCUGUUCUUUUAGUCUCUGUAAAAGAUCAGGAGUAUGUACUGAGCAUGGAUAUGGAACAGCUAUUUUUUUUUUCCUACUAGAGCCUGCAUCAUUUGACAUAAGGUACUUAGAAGAGGGCAAAGUGGAACGUUGAAAAUACAGAGAAAAGCUGGAACUGAUAUCCCUCACUAACAUCCUGGAACUGCAAGAAAACUGUGGACUCAGAGGGAAAACUCAGUGCCUUUUGGAAAUACUGAGUUGAUAGGGGAGAAAGAGAAAAUAUUGUAAAUGGGUCUGUUAUUAGAGUAAUAGAACCUAUUAUGUCACUGAAAGUACUAAAAAGCAUUUAUUUUGAGUCUUGUGAAUUAUGAUGGUAGUAUAGAGAAUAUUCUAAUAUGAAACUGCAAUGUGCUCAGGUUCUGUAAAUGCAUAUGAGAUACCAAAGUCUGGUACAAUGCCUCCCACUUGAUUUGUGUGUAAAAUAUGUGUGUUGUUCAAUAAAAUUUUGAGUGUGGGGAA